AGAGUGAUGACAAGAUUCUCCAUUGUUUCUCAGUGGGGGAAAAAAAUUUGCAGCUUCAAGGAGACAUUUUCUAGCGAGGUUUCUGGAUUUAAUACAGAAGUUAAGGAUUUUUGCAAGCAAAGUGCAGUUUUGAUUAUUGAGGAGCAGUUUUAGAUACUUCAUAAUGAGUCCAGUCAUUGACCUGACCAGAGAGAAGAGUGGGUGCAUGCAGCCCGUUGACAUGGAUCUGGAGUGUAACGCUUCUUCUGGCAGCAUUUUGUUGCAGCAGUCCGGAUUGUCUGGUGGUCCUGAGCAGCAGCAGCUGAUGAGAGUUUACCUCAGAGUCCGACCUUUUUUCAAGGAGGAGCUUUCUGAUGAGGAGGAUCAGGACUGUGUCGUGAUUGAGAACAGACAGUUGGUGACAUUAUACGCACCUAAAGGUUCAGCCACCAUGAAGAGCAGUGAGAAAGGAGUUGGCAUGUCCAUCUUUAAGUUUUCCUUUUCUCAGAUCUUUGGACCAGAAACGACACAAGCUGAGCUGUUCGAGGACACGGUCAGAAGUCAGUUGGUGGAUUUCUUGGAUGGGAAGAACGCUCUGAUAUUCAGUUACGGUGUCACAAAUGCUGGAAAAACCUUCACAAUCCAAGGCACGACGAAGGAACCCGGAAUUCUUCCUAGAGUGAUGGAGGCCACUUUCCAUCACAUCCAAGGGCAUCUGUAUGAUGGGAUGGAUCUGAAACCUCACCUGAGGAGUGGGGUGCAGUGUCUGGAUGCUGACCAAGUCAAGAAGGAGAGAACUGCUAAAGCUGCUAUUUUCACUUUGGUUAAGGAAGAAUGUGAUCGUCUCAGGAGCAGCAGCGGUUCGGAGUCCUCUUCUGACCACAGUCUGGCAUCCCCUCCUCCUUUCAGCAGUCAGACAGCGACUCCCAGCCGCUCGGCCAACGGCGAGACGUUUGCUUUAUGGGUUUCAUUUUUUGAAAUCUACAACGAGUGCGUGUACGACCUUCUGCAGCCUUCCUUCUCCAAGAAGCGGCCUUCUCUGCGGGUCUGCGAUGAUGGAGCUGGAAAUGCUUACGUCAAAGAUAUCAGGUGGAUCAAUGUCCACAGUCUGAGUGAAGCCUUCAAACUGAUCCAGUUUGGAAAUAAGAACAGAACCGCUGCAGCCACAAAGAUGAACCAGUCAUCCAGCAGAAGCCAUGGCAUAUUCACCAUGAAGUUACUGAAGAUUGAUGGAGGUGAAGUUAAAAGGGUCUCAGAGUUUUCUCUGUGUGACCUGGCGGGCUCUGAAAGAUGCAACAAGACGCGGACUUUUGGAGAGAGGCUGAAAGAAGCUGGAAACAUAAACAACUCUCUUCUUAUCCUGGGGAAGUGCAUUUCUGCUCUACGCAACAAUCAGACUGACAAGGCAAAGGCUAGUUACAUUCCCUUCCGAGAAAGCAAGCUCACCAAGCUCUUUCAGACUUUUUUCUGCGGGAAAGGCAAAGCCUCUAUGAUCGUCAACAUUAACCAGUGUGCAUCCACUUACGAUGAGACGCUGCACGUUAUGAAAUUCUCUGCAAUUGCCAAAGAGGUGGUGCAGGUGGUCCCUGACAGACCUGCAGACUCUCUGGCACCUUGUCUAGUCGGACGAGAUGGGAAACUUCUCGUGCGGAAGGCCGCUGUCGACGACCUCACUCUGGAGAGCUUCUUAACUGAAGAGGAGCGGCUAGACGAGACGGAGGAGGCUGAUGUUUCUUUGCUUCCACAGAAUGAGCUUCUGAAUAUAAUUGACAAUCUAAGAACGAAGCUGUUGGCUGAGCGACGGAAAAACUUGGUGCAGGAAAUGGAAAUACGCAAGGAAAUGGGAGACGCCAUGUUGGAACAGCUCAUGGAAAGCGAAGAGCUGCGCGUUCGACAGCUGGAAGAGCUGAAAGAAAGCUAUGAAGAAAAGCUGGAGGACACUUUCGAAGUCUACAAAGAGGCCAUCAAAGAGCACGCCUAUCAGUGUGCGAUGAACAAUCUGGAGGAUGACUACGUACCACUUGAUGAGUUCACUGCUGAGCAGGAGAAGGUUGAGGCCCUCAGACAGAAAGUGUCAGAACUGGAGAGCUUGUUGUCCAGUGGAGAAGGGGAUUCUCCGAAUCCAAGAGCAGAGCGUUCCUGCCAGACUGAAACAUUUCAAGAUGAAAGAAGCAAGCGAUUGUACAAAGAGAAAUGUGUCAUGGAGAAGAUGUGUGAAGAGAAGCAGCAGUUAAUUUUGUCCUUAGAGAAAAGACUGAUGGAGCUCAACAAGACUCUGAAGAAUGUCACAGAGAAAUUCUUGGAGAAGUCAACUGAUCUGGAGGCUCAGCAUAGGAAAUCUGACGAUCAGGCCAAAACCAUUCAGGAUGCUUUACGGAUGAAUGCCGAAAAAGACAGAGAGAUUGCGUGCUUGAAGGCUGAGCUCGCCAAAGUCUCCCAAAAAUCCCCGGUGCCGGUCAAAACCAAGAGAGGCCUGCUGGCCAACAUCAAGGAAGCGGUGACAUCCCCCCGAAAGGGAGCCAGUAGCCGAAGUUUGAGAAAAACUGUUCAGGCUACAAAGCCUUAAAGAACCGCUUUUACAGAACUAAAUUGUAGAGAUUGAAGCUUGUUUUUAAUGCUUAACCUUUUCCAUAUUUUGGAGAACAGUUUUUACAAAUUCUUUUUCUUUUCUUUUCAUUGGAAGUAAUUAUUUCUUGUUUUUCUUGUGUGUCCCAUUGCUGCAGUGUAG